AUGGUUGCUUUGUAUCUUGAAGGACGAACUCAACAGGUACAAAUUAACGAAGUCCUUUCAGAACCUUUAACAAUCAUUACUGGGGUCCCUCAAGGUUCCAUUCUUGGCCCGUUACUAUUCUUAAUAUUUAUCAAUGAUCUUCCAUCUUUUCUUACUACCACUCAUCAUUCUCUUUUUGUGGAUGACUCGACUCUUUUAGCCCAUGGCCGUGAGCUACCUGAUAUCAAAGCUUCUUUGUCGACUGAUUUGUGUAUUACCUUUAAUUGGGCAAGAAGCAACCAUAUGGCUUUAAAUUUUAGCAAAACCAAAUUCAUGAAAAUUUAUUCAAAGCGUAAGUAUUCACUGCUUGAUUAUGAUAGCAUACUUUAUGAGGAUUUUUGGAUUGAAGAAAUUACUUCUGGCAAACGUUUAG